AUGUCACUUGUUAAUGCUAAGAGUAAUAAUAAUUUGAAAACAAAGUUACAAGCAUUGGUCACAGCGAAAGAUCCAACGAUUUCAUUCAUUAAAUCGGCUAUCAGUCGUAGUGAUUGUUGGACAUCAUUUUCUCAAAUACAAUUAUCGAAAGUUUCCCAAGACUACGUGGUUUGUUUAUCUUGUGGAACUGUUUUGAAAUGGAUUAGUGAAAACGGCACGAAAGUAAUGAAAAAUCACGGUUGUCCGAAAAAAAAUGGUAUAAGGAGUAUCACACCAAAAGGACGUCAACGUACGAUCUCAUCUUAUUGUGAUGCACAACCAAAUAAUUAUGCAACAAUUAAACACUAA